CAUGUGAAUUAAAGAUUUCAUUGGAUACAUCAAUCAGGAAGUUUUGGCAGAGAUUGGUCCUAUAUUUAAACUCAACAAUGGCAACGAACAUAUUAAGAUAAAUAUCUAUAUUCAAUGUUUUAUAACAUCAUGCCAUGUAUUUAAAUCCUAAUAUAUCUAUGUAAUUGAUAAUAACCACUAGGGCAGACAUUAAAGUAUAUGAUAUACUUGUAUAUCGAUGUCGAGGACCCAGAGACAACCGAAAGCAUUCAAAGAUCUGGGGAAAACGAACACUGUCAAGAUGACAUACACCAGAGAAAAUAACUCAGGACAUCUAUUGUCUGGAAAAUGUGAUAUUGGACCUAACAGUGGUCGACAGAAUUCAAUAACAUUUUCAUAUGAACAAGGUGAAAGAGAUGUUCAGAACUCAAUUGAAAUUCAGUGCAAAGACUGCAAUGAUGCAUUAUUGGCAGACAUCAGGUUCGAAAAAAGAUGUGGUUUGCAAAAGUGUGAAAUAUUGAGUCCUAGUGGGUAUACUAUUGCGUCCGCCAGAAGAAGGUGUGUACAUGUGAAUGGUGUUGGCAAUGCCAGUGGAAGUUAAUUAAAUAAAUUAUAAAAAGAACAGGGUUCAUAACAUACUAGGCGGGUGGUAAUAAACAUAGUUAAGUCAAUUUGAAUGAGGUAAAAGAUCACCACAAAAACAUUGAAAUGUAUAAGUUGAACCAACCAAUUUAUAACUGGGGACAUCACAUUAUUUUUAAAUAUAAGCGGAAAAAACCAAACGGACAUUUAAACUCAUAAAAAAGUCGACGACAAACUGACGUCGUGGCAAACAAUGAAAAAAGUACAAAAAAAAAGAAAAGUGUACAAAACACAACAUACAAAACUAAGAACUAUGCAAAAUUAUCUCAGUUGUUCCAGAAGAGAUAGCAGGUCCUGCUCCACAUGUAUAACCCAUCAUGUUACUCAUACAGCAUAGUUUAUAAGCUAUGUCAAAUGAUUUGGCAUAGCAUCACUACCGUUAGUUGUGUUAUAUUUACCUCUUUUUCAGAUUGCACUGGUCAUCAUUUAAACUCGAAAUGCAAGAUGUAAAUUAUAUUCUGAAGAAGAGAUCACAGAGUUCACUUCUGAUAGAUGCAAGUUGUACUGUUUAUAAGGAAAAAAUAAGAUUUUAACAUGAUUAAAAUGCAAGCAUGAAAACUCGUAUUUUAUAUUGGCUGUCCUUAAUAUUUUUCAGCAAUAGUUUACUAUUAGCUAUGUUUUUUUUUUAUUCAUGUUAUUAUUUAUAUUCAUAUUUCACAUACUUUAAAUGGUUCGGGAGUUUUCAGUUCUUGUUUCCUCUUGUUGUUGCAUGUGCUUUGUUUAGACAUGCAAAGAAAAACAAGUUUGAAAUUAAACUGGAUGUUUCUUUUCUGAGUAGGCAGAUUUUCCCAAACAAAUUUAGACUGGUGUAUAUAUAUAAAAAUAAAGAGAUGCGGUAUGACAACUAUAACAAAGAAUCCAAAAAUGUUUUAAAAAACCAAAGGUCACCUUUCUGCCUCUAUCAAUCGCUGUCGUCUAUAGGUACAAAAAGCCCCUUAAUGACAUAAAAUGAAACAGGUCAAUCGAAUAUACUAUCAGUAAUCUAAUUAUCAUUUGUUUUAUUUAAUAGGUGGUAAAUAGCCAAGAUAGAUCUGUGGUGGCUAAAUUGUUUGAAGAUUUAAAUUCGUCACUUUCAAGUAAUCAGUUAACUGUUAAACUUGUGUAUCUAACAGAACUGAAUUUGAAUAAAAAGAUUGUGAUAUUAUUGAUGACGGGUGCACUCAAUAUGACAUUUAAACAAAGAAAGCAUUCAAUACACCUAAAGUGUUCCAUCUUUAGUCAUUGUUCUAAAGCAACGCUCAUAAUUUUGUUUGCUCUUAUUUUCACUUUAAUGGCGAUGGUAGCUGUACUCGUUGCCAAUGAAUUAAUAUAAUAUUAAAAAUCUUUCAACAGACGAUGUUUAUAAAUGCGAUUUAUUACAUAAAAAAGCUAAUUGUGCUAGACACAACAGCAUAUUCAUUGCAUCUGGAAUUUGUUAUGAUACGUGUGGUGUUUGGACAGUUUUUAUCUCGAUGAGAGAAAGGUUAAACUGUGUUGAUGCGGUUUUGAUCUGUCAUCUAUCAUUGAAUCAAUUAAUCAGGUAAACACGUAAUAACGUACAUGAACUCAAUAUCAGGAUAUCAUGAAAAUCAUUUAAAAACAAAGGUUUCAAAAUGUAUGUAAAUCGUGAAGAGCUUACUAUUUAAAAAAUAGUGAUUGCUUUCUUUUUCCUAAUGUCCAGUUGAAAAUUUCUCAUGUAUUGAAC